CUGAUAGGUAAGCACCACGUGACUAGUUUUAUUUUUUUUUUAAAGUCUAAUCGCGUGAUUAGUGUGGUUCAAUUCAGCCGUAGCGCGUUGAAACAUUUUUUUUCUUUCGAGCACGAGCUCAAUCAGUGGGCUGUGUGUGCACGAGACCUCCUCCUCCUCUCUUCAUCAUCUUCGUCCUCCUCCUCCCUCCGCGUGCACGGAGGCUGAAAGCAGCGAGGAGCAGCACUCAGAAAGGUUCCUAAGGUUCCUCUGGUUCUGCAACAGACUUUGUCGUGCGUGGAAACGGACCUGCUGGAUCUGCUGGAGCUCGAACGGAGCACCGACAGCUCGGCGGCGCCGAAACCCAUAGCCGCUUUAUCUCUCCGGGCUCACUUUGGUGUGUUCGGGAUGUUCUGGUGGUGUCGGCUCGGUGGAUCCGUAUUACCGCGUUGGUUCGGCCUUUUCUGCGGAAAUGAGAGUGGACUUUAGCGUGACGAAGGAAGCCAUCAGCGGCCGAUCAUGGAUGGACAACUCCACGUGAGGGAAACACUCACUUAAGUUAAUGUUAAUGUUAAUGUUAAUUGCCUCCUAUCAAUUAAAAUGUAGUACAAUUUAUUACAGCUUCAUCAAUUAAUCAAUUUAAUGUGUAUCAUAAAUCUUACUGACAUAUAUUAAUCUAUUUUUAUAUUUAUAUUCAAAGCAGACAAAAGCAGCUUUGAUCCUUUGAGCUAAGACCGCUUCCUGGCGUCUGAUUGGUCCUUUGAGUGCCCUCCAAUGCGAGAGGGCCCGCCCCCAGUGAGAGCAGGUCAGAGGUCAAGUUGCCCAUCUCCAUGGGACUGAACGGCCAUGCGCAACGGCCGUGGCCUCUCAGAGCAGUGGGCGGAGUCGGUAGCGGUGCGGCCCCGGACCAGCGAGCGUCACAUGACCGUGCACAAGCGCCUGGUGCUCGCCUUCGCCCUGUCCAUCCUCACCCUCAUUGUGGUCACUGUGGUCGCCGUGGUGCUUGGCGUGCGCUUUGAGGAGUGCGUGGGCCCGGAUGAGGCGCCGGUGGGGGCGGGGGAUUCGGGUUCCCGGGGCCCGGGGGUGUCGCCCAAGUCGAACGGCAGCAGAGGGGAGAGGGUGUGGGACAGGGGGGAGGAGGAGGCGGGCCAACCAUGGCGGAGGUCGCGUCUGCCGGGCUCGCUGAGGCCACGUCACUACGACAUUGUCCUCGCCAUUUGCAUGGACAACUUCACCUUCUCUGGCGAGGUCAGCAUCGACAUCGAGUGCCUCAACACCACCAGAGUCAUCGUGCUGCAUGCGGACCGUCUCCAGGUGGAGCGUGUGUCUGUGACGACGGAGGGCGGGGCCGGCGGCCGUGCCGCCAGCAGGCCUGGGGGUGGAGCCAUCCGCAUCCACCGCCACUUCCCCUUCCCGGCCAAUCAAAUGUACGUGGUGGUCCUGCACCGAGAGCUAAAAGCUAACCGGAGCUACCGACUCAACAUCACCUUCGACGCCGCUAUCGAGGACGAGCUUCUGGGAUUCUUCAGGAGCUCGUACAUGCUGCAGGGCGAGAGGCACUACCUGGCGGUGACCCAGUUCAGCCCGACGCAUGCCAGGAAGGCCUUCCCAUGCUUCGACGAGCCCGUCUACAAGGCCACCUUCUCGCUGAGCCUGCGUCAUGACGCUCAGUACACGUCUUUGUCCAACAUGCCUGUGGAGAGCAGCAGGCCGGCGGAGGACGGCCUGCUGACGCGGCGCUUCGCCCGCACGCCGCGCAUGUCCACGUACUACCUGGCCUGGGCCGUGUGCAAUUUCACCUACAGGGAGACACACAGCGACAGCGGCGUGACGAUCCGUUUGUACGCACGUCCGGACGCCAUUGCCAGCGGGGCGGGGGACUAUGCGCUGCACAUCACCAAGAGGCUGCUGGGAUUCUACCAGGACUACUUCAAGGUCCAGUACUCGCUGCCUAAGCUAGACCUGCUGGCGGUGCCCAAGCAUCCGUACGCCGCCAUGGAGAACUGGGGCCUUAGCGUCUUUGUGGAGCAGAAGAUCCUGCUGGACGCCGACGUGUCGUCCUCGUCCUACCGCAUGGAGCUGACCAUGGUGGUCAUCCAUGAGAUCUGCCACCAGUGGUUUGGUGACCUGGUGACCCCCAUGUGGUGGGAGGACGUGUGGCUAAAGGAAGGCUUCGCCCACUUCUUCGAGUACGUCGGCACCGACUUCCUCUUCCCCAAGUGGAACAUGGAGAAGCAACGCUUCCUGACCGACGUUCUCCACGAAGUAAUGCUCCUGGAUGGCCUCAGUUCCUCCCACCCCAUCUCACAGGAGGUCCAGCAGGCCACAGACAUCGACCGCGUCUUCGACUGGAUCGCGUACAAGAAAGGAGCGGCGCUGAUCCGAAUGCUGGCCAACGUCAUGGGACAGAGACUGUUCCGGAAAGGACUUAACGAUUAUCUUCUCAGUCAUAUGUACGGCAACGCAGCACGAGAUGACCUUUGGAAGAAGCUGUCUCAGGCCAUGCAGUCAGAGGGCCGGGACAUCGACAUUGGUGCCGUGAUGGACAGGUGGACUCUGCAGAUGGGCUACCCUGUCCUGACUAUCAGCAAGAACCAAUCAGAGCAGCUGUCCACUCAUUACAUCACCGUCAGCCAGGAGCACUUCCUGUACGGACAGGAAGGGAGGGGCAACCACAGUUUACAGUGGCAGGUCCCGCUGACAGUUGCCGUGGGAAACGAGUCCUGGGUCUGUUCAGAGACGCUCAUCUGGAUCCACAACAAGACCGAACGUCAUUGGCUGGUGGAGAUGGACGACAAGUCCUGGUUGUUAGGCAACAUCAACCAAACAGGCUACUUCCGGGUCAACUACGACCUCCAGAACUGGAAGUUGCUGAUCCAGCAGCUUCACACCAGACCUCAGCUCAUCUCCGUGGGCAACCGGGCAGGACUCAUCGACGACGCCUUCAACCUGGCCAGGGCGGGGUACCUCCCCCAGGGAAUUCCUCUGCAGCUGAUUGGCUACCUGCCCGAGGAGACGUCCUUCCUGCCGUGGCACGCCGCCAGCCGGGCACUCUACCAGCUGGACAAACUGCUGGACCGCACCGACGACUACAGCCUGUUUAGUGACUAUGUGCUGAAGCUGGUGGCGUCUCGCUACCAUCACAUGGGCUGGCCGAGCAACGUGGCGAACGGCGAGGGCGACGUCCUGCUGCCAUCCUACCAUACAGAGGAGCUACAGCGGGAGCUCAUCAUGCUAGCUUGUAGCUUUGGAAACAAACAAUGCCACCGCCAGGCCGUGGCUUAUAUCUCUGACUGGAUCUCCAGCAACAAGAACAGGAUCCCCCCCAACAUCCGUGACGUGGUGUACUGCACGGGGGUCAGCCUGAUGGAUGAGGACGUGUGGGAGUUCAUCUGGAUGAAGUUCCACUCCUCAAAGGCCGUCUCUGAGAAGAAAAUCCUGCUGGAGGCGCUCACGUGCUCCGACAACGCCUUCCUCCUCAACAGGUUGCUGAACCUAUCUCUGACCUCUGAACUGGUGGCCGAGCAGGACGCCAUCGACGUCAUCAUCCACGUGGGCAGGAACCCUCAAGGACGCCGCCUAGCCUGGAGCUUUUUCAGGGACAAGUGGGACGUCCUCAAUGCACGGUACGGCGAGGCGUUGUUCAUGAACUCCAAGCUGAUCAGCGGCGUGACCGAGUUCCUGACCACGGAGGAGGAGCUGGACGAGCUCAACCACUUCAUCCAGUCCAGUGGCAUGGGGGCGGGGCCUGCCCUGCCGCGAGCACUGGAGAUUGUGGAGGGCAACGUGCGCUGGCACCGCCUCCAUCGCCGCCAUUUCUACCAGUGGCUGCGCAAAGUUCCGAGCCUCACCUACGCUACCUGGAGCUAGCCUCUGUGCUAACUGCAACAAGCUAGCAGUAAAUUAAGCUGAAAAAAACAGGAUCAGGGCUGCCCUCCAAAAUAAAAGCAUGCAUUUAAGCCCCCCCACCUGUCUGCCAGCCAAUGGGAGGCCUCCACACAAACACAACAUAACCACGACAACAUAGCCCAUCAUGAAACUGAUUCAGGACUACUUUGAAUCCGGUUCAGAAUUGUUUAGGAGUGCUUGUGAGGUGGACUGACUGGAGCGCAGCAAAGCAUUGUGGGAAGGACGUGAGGACAACGUCUCACGUUUACUUUCAUCCGGAAGAACAAGGAAUGUGAUGAAAACUAUUGAGCCAUAAAUGAUAUCAUGACUUUGCCUGCUUCUCAACCCUGCGUGUACAUGUGUGUGUGUGUGUGUGUGCGUGUGUGUGUGUGUGUAAAAAAGCUAAUUCGCAUUGUUUAUUAUUUUGCUAAUAAAUCAACAUCCUCUCAAGGAUUUACAGAAUAAAAGCACAGAAUAAAGUAUUUGUAUAAUUAAGUGUACAUAGCACACAUGGUGAUUUUUAACGAAGAUGAAAUAAAGAUAACGGAAGGUGAACAGGAAGUCCAGAUCCUCAACUUCCUGCUUCCUCUUCUCAUUGGAUGACAAUAAAA